CUCCUGCGAACAGUGUUUGUACAAACGUCGAGCCAGCGGGUUGGCUUUCUAACAGGGCUCUCACCCUUUUCCCAAGUCUUCGGGAUUUUUUUUUGUGUUCGCUUUGGAAACGUUGCGCUUCCUUCCGCGUAGUUUCUCGGUUGUUGUUGUUAUUGUUUCGCUUCCGUUGGGUGACUCUUAUGGGACUCUUAAGUGAUCUUUGAUUCGGUUUUAAGAAGAACUGCGGCCUCCACUUUAGAACCUGAUCAACCCGGCGACCGUCGGUACUUGUUUAGUGAUCGUUUGUGCAAUAGCAACGAAACUGCCGUGAUCUGGAUCGUUGAAGUUUGUUCGUCAAGAAGCAGAGUUUAUGGUUCUGAUCCUAGAUCAUCCUCCGAAAAGGCAAUGCGGGCCCAAAACUUGUCGAUGUCGAUUUGUUGAAGUCAGUGGAAGAAAUCCGUGAAAAACAACCUGUCUUAUCAGUGUGCUAAACUGUGUUUGUUUUGUUUGUGUGAAUUGAUAAAACAGAAGAAAAUUUUUGAGAGAGUAUUACCAGUGAUCAAGUUUAAGCAAUGGAAACCUGUGUCCUGAUACCACAGGAAUUUGCCCUGGCCGUCACUGGCCUGGGUGCCCGGGGUUCCCGGGAGCAGACCGCCACCGUUUGGUCCAACACGGCCAUCCAGCAGGGAACGCUGUGCUACCCCUUCCAGGGGACGGUCCGGAUCGAUAAUCUAGAUGUCUAUAGCUACGUCGAUGAGGAUGAUAUUCGCCAUCGAUUUGGACUCUACGACGAAAUCACCACCACAAAUGGACGGCGGGUGCGCCACUGCAACUGGAUCCGGUUCCUGCGGGUUUCGGAAACCUACGGACCCCAGGUGAAUGUCGUUUGUGCCAAGGUGAAGGGAGAACCAAUCUACGAAAUCGUGAAACCUAUUCCGUCCCAUCAGGAGCUGGUGGUGUAUUAUCUGCCUGAAGGUCCCGAGGAACUGUUCUUCAUCCGGAUGCGCAGUCAGCUCUACCGGCAGACGAUGGAUUCGAUACUGGAAGACUCCCCCCUCGAUCUCUCAACGUCCCUGCUUUCCCGGGUAAUGCUUCCGAUUUCGCCUCCAUCCGGAACCGAGGACGAGCGAAAAUCCGUUUCCGGCGACAGUUCGAUCUCAAUUUCAUCCGGAGCCAGCACCAGUGGCGGCGAUCUGGAUCAGGUAAUCCCAACGCCAUCGCUACGGAGUAGUCCCAAAGCGCGGCCUUCCCGAGGCGAAAGGGCGAUGCUCCCCUGUGAGGUUUGUGGAAAGGCUUUCGAUCGUCCAAGUUUGCUGAAGAGGCACAUGCGAACGCAUACCGGCGAAAAACCACACGUGUGCGGGGUUUGUGGCAAAGGCUUUAGCACUUCCAGUUCUCUCAACACCCACGUGCGAAUACACAGCGGCGAAAAGCCACAUCAGUGUCAGGUGUGCGGAAAAAGGUUUACAGCUAGCUCGAAUCUUUACUACCAUCGGAUGACGCACAUUAAGGACAAACCCCACAAGUGCAGUCUCUGCUCCAAAUCGUUCCCCACCCCCGGCGAUCUCAAGUCCCACAUGUACGUCCACAAUGGCUCGUGGCCGUUCAAGUGUCACAUCUGCUCCCGCGGCUUCUCGAAGCAGACGAAUCUGAAAAAUCAUCUCUUCCUGCAUACCGGUGACAAACCGCACGUCUGCGAGAUCUGCAACAAAUCGUUCGCCCUGGCCUGCAACCUGAAAGCCCACAUGAAAACCCACGAGGAGAACGCGGGUCAGGAAGGUCAGGAAUCGCCGCAGCACUUCCGGGAAUCCAGUGUCGCCGGAAGCGAAGGUGAAGAGGAAUCCAACAGCCAAGGCCCACCCUCUCUACCUUCCGUUUACGAAAAGUCCGAAGAGCGGCUCAACUUCAGCAAACAUCUGCUCUUCUCCAACUACACCAAGCAGAUGCUUUCCGGAGUCGGAUAAGCUCACUUCCUACUAAAAGAAAUAACUCCCUCAGCCAUCCUCGCUACUACCACUUCGAUUCAUAAACCAACCUAAAUUAACACUUAAAAAGGCACUCAAAUGCAUCCAAAACAAAACAAAACAGAAACACAAUCAAGCACUGAUAACACUGAUGAGUGUAAAUAAUUGUUAGUUCACCAACACCAACAAACGUAAACAAAACAAAACAAACACUAAACCAUCGUUUUCCUUCUUGACCUCUUACCUUAGGGUUAAAACAAGCUCUAUUUCCAAAACAUAUGGCUAGGUACACAUUUUCUGACAUUUCAUCCCCCCCAAAACUUGUACAAAUCGAAGAUCGAAAACCUUAAAGAAAACCGAAUUUCACCAUUCGUGCGUGUACACUUUUUUUCCGUGUCGGAGAGUUUUUUCGUGUAUAAUUUUAAUGAUUUUCCCCAUAUCGCACGUGUAACUACAUUAAUAGCUAAGAACAUUUUUUUGUCAUUUCAUUUACACCCUUACGAUUAUAUUAGUUUAAAAAUCAAAACCACUUGAGGUUAGUUCGCUGGACGCACUGCUGUAAAUAAACGGAACAAAAACGAAAGUACUACUAUGUUGUAUGUGUAAUGAAUUAUGUAUUCCCGCGAGACGUAUCGUUGUCGUUAUUAAUCGAAAAAAAAAACGCUAACUUGUUAAGAGUCUAAAAUUAGCCGUUCACAGAAGCACAAAGUUUUUUUUUAUUGUCAAUACUUUUUUGUAUACUUUUGGAAAUCAAUAAAAGAAAUCCUAACCUGUAUCAGUAUUUGGGAAAAAUACAUUUAAAAUAUAAGAAAACAAGGAAAGUUGUUUUUCCUUGCCUUAUGUAUGUAAUCGUUCUAUUGACCACAACACAAUGCAAAGUAAUAACUAUGAAUAAAACAAGUCUGUACAGUAACUGUCGAAAAUUAA